CACUCAUACACACCACGUCAACUACUUCACAUUUCCAUUCCAUCUCUCUUUUUAUAUUGCCUCUCUAUACAUAGAAACUUAUUGCAAUAUACUGUAAUUGUAAUGGCUAAGUUAAGCUUCACUUUAUGCUUCUUGCUGAUUCUUCUGCUAGCCUCAGUCGCUGUCGGAAGCCGCCCUCUUGAGCGGAAUCCAGUUGGGGUGAAGGUGAGAGAGCUAAGCCCUACGAUCGAGGCUACGAGACCAUCUUUAGCCGAUGAUCAAGCGGCGGAGAGCAUUGGCAGCCACGGGAAAUCUCCAGAGAGGUUAAGCCCUGGAGGACCCGACCCGCAACAUCAUUAGUUAUUUAGGGUUUACCUUUAUAAUUAAGAGUUGUUCUCAAUUUCUUCGAGAUGUGUAUUUUUCUUAUCAAUAAUUUGGUUGCAAUGAAUCUGUUUUUUUUUUCUUUUGUAAUGAACUUGUGAAUUUUCGUUUGUAAGAUUAUUACAAAAGUAUAA